UUUAGAAAUUAGAAAUAAGAAGCUUAGACAAGGAAUUGGAUUCUUGGUUUCGUUUAGUUUAGUUUGUUCUGUCUGAGAAGACAACACAAUCUGAUUGAUGAUGGAAACCUUGGCCACAUCUUCUUCUGCAGCUCUUCCAUCUUCCUUUUCUCCCUUUUCGAUUUUCCCUUCGAGAAGAACCUCUCUUUAUCCUCCCAAGACUCUCCAAUUUCGAUUACCCUCCAAGCGUGAUGAUGCUCGCGAUUCAGACGCCAAGGAUAACACCCUUCCAAUUAUCAGUGAUCGCUGCCUCUCCCUUUCCCCUCUGUCCAAAGAUGCUGCGAUGGGACUGGUACUGAGUGCUGCGGUGGGUAGAGGAUGGACCACUGGUUCAGGGAUGGAAGGUCCUUCUGUUCCUGCAGUUGGUAGGGGUAAUGAAUCUGGGAACAUCUCCACUUUCCCAUGGUCUCUCUUCACAAAAUCCCCUAAGAGAAGGAUGCUGGUGAAGUACUUGACAAUGCUUCAUAUAUAUUAUACUCUUCAAACCUUCGCGGUGCAUGAGGAGAACCUGUUAUGUGAAAGCAUGAAGCAUAAUACAGUCAUCCUCAAAAUAACAAUACAUACACUAAUCGAUAUAUAUACAGCCCAUACAAUACUAAAGGGUUACAAAACACCCGGUCAGCUAAGCAAAACAAAGGGGCUACAACUACUACUGGAGCGUCUAACAUAAUCAUCUCCUGUCCCAGAGGGGUGUAUCCUCUCCUGCACCUAUAUCUGCUCACGCCAUUCCAUAAGGACGAUCAUUGCAUAAAUAGAAGACACAAGGAACACACAGCAUACAAGAAGGGUAAGCUAACUUGAACCAAGAGCAAAUCAUGCAAUUGUUAUUUCAAUUUUUUUUAUUUCUAGCAUAUAGGUGUGAAAGUGAUUCCAAAGGCUUCUAACAUCAGUUGGUUCACAAAAAGGUAAUAUGGUCACAAAUAGUCUUCGUAAAGCAUAUGCCAUUUGUAAAGUUGAUGCUUCAACUAAGCAUUCAUGAAUACUAUUGUCACUUUCUA